CUUUAAGGUUAGUCGUCGUCGUAAACAAAUUUUGCUUUUACCUUCUUCCCUCGACCGACCUAAGAGCCGUCGCCGCAAACACUUAUAAAAGCCAUCCCUAACCUCAAAAACUCUCUUCUCUCAGAUUUUUCUUCUUCAUUUUCAAUCGUUCUUAAGAUACAGAGAGAUGUCAGGUUUAGCAUGUAAUUCGUGUAACAAGGAGUUCGAAGACGACGCUGAGCAGAAGUUCCAUUACAAGUCCGAAUGGCACCGUUACAAUCUCAAGCGCAAGGCUCAUGAGCAGCAUCUCAAGUCGAAGAGCCACCUUGUGAAGGCUUCUUCACUAGGUGCAAGCAACGGAGAAGAGGAUAAAGCGAUAAUCAAGCAGCUUCCUCCUCGCCGCGUUGAGAAGAACGACCCUGCUCAGCUAAAAGGUUCGAUUGAGGAAGAGAGUGAAGAGAGUGAAGAUGAAUGGGUUGAGGUUGAUUCAGACGAGGAUUUGGCUGAUGAAGAGAUGGAUGAGAACGAGUCUGGCUCUGGUGAAGAUAUGGAUGAGGAUGGUAUUGAGUUUGAGUUGGAUCCGACUUGCUGUUUGAUGUGUGAUAAGAAGCAUAAGACGAUUGAGAAGUGCAUGGUUCAUAUGCAUAAGUUCCAUGGAUUCUUCAUUCCUGAUAUUGAGUACCUUAAGGAUCCAAAAGGGUUUCUGACUUAUGUUGGUCUAAAGGUGAAGAGGGACUUCAUAUGUCUGUACUGCAAUGAGCUGUGCCAUCCAUUCACCAGCUUGGAAGCUGUUAGAAAGCAUAUGGAAGCUAAGAGCCAUUGCAAAGUGCAUUACGGUGAUGGUGGUGAUGAAGAAGAUGCAGAGCUUGAAGAGUUCUAUGACUACAGCAGCAGCUACGUCAACGAAGGUGAUAAUCAGAUGGUUGUAUCCGGCGAGUCAGUGAACACCGUGGAGCUUUUUGGUGGAUCCGAGCUUGUGAUCACCAAGAGAGCAGAGAAUAAAGUAACGUCAAGGACUCUCGGGUCUCGAGAGUUCAUGCGAUACUACAAACAGAAGCCACCACCAUCUUCUCAGAAGCACAUUGUCAACUCUUUAGCCUCGAGGUACAAGAGCAUGGGUCUAGCAACGGUGCAGUCGAAGGAGGACAUAGUGAGGAUGAAGGUGAUGAGAGAGAUGAACAAGAGAGGAGCGAAAAUGAGUGUUAGGCUCGGGAUGAAGAGCAACGUCAUCAGAAAUCUGCCCAAUAACGUCACGUAUUAGUCUCUCUCUCUUUCCGCGAAACUCUUUUGUUUUGAUUCUGUAACGGAUCACUUGUAUUGUGAGAUAUCAACAAACCGAAGUUUUAUGCAAACUUGCGUUGGUGAGUGAGUGCAGAACCUGUAUGAGCUUAUAUACAUACAGCUUAUAUACUUUUUUGAAGGUCUCUUGAGCACAUUGGUCCGAUUUUGUGAGAUUUAGGGUUUGAAUGGUAUGUAGUUUUUUCAAGUUUUGGACAUGGAAAUUUCAAUUCUGUUAUUUUUUACCAUUCAUGUUAUUCAUCACGUUUUUAUGUUUUUGAAA